AGAGAAGUAGGAGGAGGAGGAGGAGGAGGGGCGAAGACGAUUGAGGAAGAGUCGGUGUAUAUAAAGAAUCCGAAUCUUCCCUUGAGCAUCACAACAACUUCUUGCGAGGAUCAUCCUGACGUGUUAUAGGCCGAGAACAUGAAGAACCUACUGAUCGUAUCCCUCCUGGCCGGCUGCUGCCUAGGCCUAUCGGUGGUGCAGACUCCAGUCAGCAUCGGAGGGCAGCCCUGGACCGCCUACACCUUCGGGAAUAACGACCCCGCCGUCGUCCGCAUAUCGGCGCCCGAUGUCAAAUUCGCCCUCCCACCUUACCCAUCCGUCUCCGUCAGAUCAUCGUCUGCUGCAGUUGUGGCACCCGCCGUUACCCCCCUGGCGGCUACCCCCGUGAUUUCAGCCGCCCCCAUUCCAGUCGUCAGGGCAGCAGCAGCAGUUCCCGUAGCAACGCCCGUGGCCGUAGCAGUAGCCCCAGAACCCCUGCAAGCUCCCGAGCCGCCCAUGCCCUCCAUAGGCACGCCCUUCGUCGGAGGACAGUUCCACGCCCAGGACGAAGCCGGCCAGUACUCCUUCGGCCACUGGGGAGGCCCCAACACCCGCGUCGAGACCAGAGACUCCCUGGGGCGCACCACCGGCAGCUUCGCCUACGUCGACCCCGAAGGAGACGUCCAGGUGAGGAAGUACGCAGCCGCCCCUGCGUCAGGAUUCAAGGUGGCCGCUUCCGACCUUCCGGUGGACACCAACCUGGUGGUGCAGGACACCCCCGAAGUGGCUAUGGUCAAAGCAGCCCACGCCAGGGCCUUUGAAGCAGCGAGGUCGAUCAUCUCACACGCGACAGUCGCUGCUUAAAGAGUUUCCUCUGGAGGUUCUUCUUGUACAUAGUCUUUUACACCCCCUUUUUUUUAUAAGCCUGACCCGUUCAAAUAUAAUUAAUACGCAACUGAUGAA